AUGAAUCGUCCCUCAGAGCCCCCGCAAGUAUCGCGGCCGCCUGUGACGACGGGCGGCAGCUACGUGCUGGUGGACGCCGCGGCGCCCGAGCGCGCCUUCCUGCGCCCCGCCGCCCGCGCGCGCCAGGGGGAGUUCGACGAGAUCGUGUGCGAGGUCGCUCUGUACGGCGCUGCGGAAGACACACCACGGCUAAAAGAGCUGCCAACAGCGGGUCAGACGGUCGUAGCGCGGUUCACGGACGGGCAUCACUACCGCGCGCUCGUGCAGCGAGUCAGCUCCAAGCUCAAGCGAUGCCUGCUCGAGUUCAUCGAAUACGGCAACGCAAUGGUAGUAGAAGACCUAGACUCCCUCUGUCCGUGCCCACCGCAGUUCUCCCUCGACGCUCGACCGACGCUCACGUCGCACGUGACGCUGCAGCUGACGCAGGACUCGUUCUCGGACGCCGCCACCGCCUACUUGGACAAGCUGAAGGACGACGCCACCGAGUUGAAGCUGAGCAUUCCAUCCGGCGAGAAGACUGGUCCCAGUAAGACUCCCGUCCGUCUGACCGUGGUCGAGACCAAUGAAGACGUGAACCGCACCGUGGACGCGCUCUCCACGCCCGAGUGGCAGAAGAUCCUGCAGCGAGGCGGGGACGUGCUAGAAACGGAAACGUACCACUUCCACCAAGUCACAUACGUGGACCCGCCGGCGACCGGCGGCGAGAUGGUCAUCCUCGACUGUAGUCUACUAGAACACGCUAUGGUUUCCGGACACGUCCAGAACGCUGAACACGCGCGCAAGGCCGCAGCUCUCUUGCCCCGGUUGGAGGCAUACUGCAAUAGCGCGCUCGCCAAGGAUCCCUACCUUCCCAAACCAGAGGAGCUGUGCAUCGCAAUGUGUCCCACCAAGAAGCAGUGGCUCCGCGGCGUGAUGCUGCAGCAGGAAGGCGGCCCCGGCGGCGCGGAGGCGCAGAUCCUGUUCUACGACCGCGGCGACCUCGCCACGCUGCCCGUCUCGCAGCUGCGCAAGAUGAUGCCCGAGUUCGCCAGGGACGUUCCCGCCGCCGUCUGCACACUGGUCAUCAAAGAUUUCCCCGAGCAGCCGACAGCAGAGCAGCUAGAGCGCGCCAAGAAGCACCUGCAGGUGAGCCCCGCGGGCGUCGGCAGCCUGCGCGUGACGCGCGUGAGCAAGCACGACGUCGGCGAGUACCUCGUCACCGCGCCCGACCUCAUACAGGCCAUACAGUAGGGACGAGCGUGCGAGUUCCGAUAGUGUUAGGACCCAUUUAGACGGUACGAGAACUCGUAUACGAGUUUUAUUACAUUGCGGUAUUUGGUGGCUCAACAACAGCCCGCAAUGUAACUAAAAUCGCAUGCGAGUUCGCACGCCGUCUAAAUCAGGCCUUAUUUAUGAGAUUCCGAACUAAGAGGUACCACAUUUUUGCUUAAUAUAGCUAGAUCUGUAAGUAAAUGUUGAACAAUGUUGGGACAUUCCACAAGAAAGUUGCUUACGACAUGCAAUUAGAAUAAGAAUAGUUUAUUAUUAAUAAGAAAUGAUUACAAUAGGUACAUUUGUCCUGUGGCCCCACACUAGGCUAAGCCUGUCACGUGGCAGCAUUUCAAUUUGUCUAUAGUUCAGAUGUUUCAACCAGUUCUUAAUUACAUGUUUUGCUUCUAAAGGGGACUUUUUAGAAGCAAAACAAUUCUUCUAAUACUUCUGAAGACGCUAAGAAAGCGGAGUUGUGUCUGCCAACCUCUCAUGACUUGGUUAUCAAAUCGGCAGUAUUUUCACGAGCUUUACGGAUUUGAUUGAAAUAGUUACCAAUACAAGGCAGAAGCGUGUCGUAAGUUACAUUCUCAUGGAAUGCCCCUGCAACCGGUAGUCAGGGUUCUUAACCAGCAUUUUUAUUAAUAUUUAUCUGUUGUGAAACUUGUGAAUUGUCAUCAGCUUUUUCAACAUAUCAAUCAUAAUAAAUCGAUGUAUUUUACUUAAGAUUGUACUCAUGUAACCUCAGUUAUGGUAUUUCGUGUUCGCUGUUAGACUGACAAUGUAACCAACAUUUUUCUGUGCCUACUGUACAGUCCGGUAAAAAAAAGUAGAAAUUGGAAAGUGGCAAUAUCAGUGUGACCUCGUUUUCUCACGGCCGCUGUACACAUGGGGCCAACGGUUGGACCAACCCUUGGUGGAACCCCUUGGCCAAGCGUGUAGAGGGCUACUUGUUGGCAGUUGGCGCUAGCGCUGGCCGGCCAACCGACUGGUAUCGGUUUUUUGUCCACACAUCAAAGGAUCUUGACGCCAAUGCCCAACUGCGUUCACACGUUGGCGCCUCAUUCAGUUUGUCGUCAGCCGUCAGAGAGGACAGUAGUGAGAGAUUUACGAAAAUAAAUAGUUUAUCUAUACCAAUAAUAGUGUUGAUUUUAGGAAAUACAAUACCCUUGCAAAUUUUUUAUGUAUUGCCUAAAAAAGAUAAUUAAUGUGCUUAUCAGAAUAUUCAAAAAAUUGUUAAUAUUUCAGAUAAUUUAUUUUAUCACGAGGUUAUUAUUUAUUAAUUAAAUUUUGCUGACAACGUGAAUGACCUAGAAUUAUCUAGCCUUUUCCAUUCUACGUCCAUCCUGUAUGAAGGGCCAAUGCCAAGUGAUUGGUUCACCAAUGUGUAAACAGCGACUCUUAUUUUGGCCAAGGGGUUCCACCAAGGGUUGGUCCAACCGUUGGCCCCAUGUGUACAGGGGCCAUCACACAUAUUGUUUAGAAUGUUGCUACUUUCUGAUUUCUACUUUUUUUGCCAAGCUGUACAUGUGACAAAUCGUUAAUAAAUAAGUAAUCAUAUUAGCACGUAAUAUGUGGUGACGCUUGUAAGUAAAAGGUACCACAUUGUCACUUACUAUAAGUGUGACAUUUGCUCGCAUAUUUAUAACUGAUACCUGUUAGAUUGUCCUUAAGUGUAAACCACAUGUACCUUUUGCUUGACAGGGGAUCAUAUUAUCUUUGGAUUGCUGAUAAUGAUGAAUCCAGCCAGGCAAGUAUGGUCACGCGAUAAACGAUAAAACAUCUGGCUGUCCCUAUCGCACUUAGGAAUAGUGCGAUAGGGACGGCCAGAUGUUUUAUCAUUUUUCGCGCGACCAUACUUGCCUGGCUGGACCUUUUUCUCAUUGAGAGCCACAUUUAUCCUUGCUUGUUUUUUUAGGUAUAGUUGUAAUUUUUAUUUGCUUUGAUAAGUUGACAAUUUAUGAAUAUGGAGAAAAGAUUACAAUCAUUUUGGUGUAUUUCUCAUUUUUUCAGUUUAUAUAGUUAUAAGAUUACUUUCAGUAAUAACUAAUAGGUUAUGUUAGUAAAUUACAUAUAAUAUGUAAAUAAAUACCGCGGCUUACUGAUAUUGACGGAUCGCAAUAUUUACCUCUAAAGUUAAAUUAUGUGUGCAUUCUAUGUCGCAUUUUGUGAUAAAUAUUGUGAUCUGUCAAUAUACUAGACUACACAUUCAGUCGCAUUCAAUUACAUCUACACAGUUCCGUGAACAAAUAUAUCUGAAAACGUAGUCAUAAGUCAUGUUCAGAUAUGUAUUUAUGUUCGUGUAAGUUUGUACAUGUAGUCUUGUACCAUGUACCUAAACGAGACUGCAGUAAAUAUUUAGAUAUUUCAGUACAUAUCGGAAAACUGGACAAAUUGACGGUUGAACUCUACGAAAUAAUACAUUAGAAUCGAGUGAGCCGAAUUAAAAUACGGCCAAAGGGAGUGUUUUAAAUCCAUAGUCCAUACAUACUAGUUAAGAAUUUCCCAUUCGCGCGUUAUUGUACAUUUUUCAGUAGGUACUGUAAAAUGAAUUGUAUGCUAUAUUAUAUAUCUGUCAGUAUUGACCACUUUUAUUGAUAUUAAUAUCACUAUAUUUACUGUAUGUUUUUGUCUAGAGAUUUAAUUUAUCUAAUACUUUGACAUUUUCUAUUCGUAAGUUGACAUAAGCAUGUUAUUUGUUAUAAGUUACCGAUUAUUACUGUCUGAUCAUUAUUAGUUUAUAAUAAGCGUAAUAAUUAGCAAAUAAUUAAUAAUAUACGGAUUUAUAUGAAAGCCAGCAGAUAAACCUUAAAAAUGCACAAUAAGAAAGAAGACAUCUCAGUAGUUAAUAUCCGGCAGCGGCGACGCGAUCGGUAUGUGGCUCUCGCACGCGCCGCGCGGCACGGCAGCGCGGCCAGUACUGACGCGACCGGCAUCCUCCGGUCCCGCAUGUACUCGCUGCACCUCGCUGCGUGCGAGCGCUACUCAAGGACAAACCGCGCGGCGUAAAAAUUGUUUGAAGAAUUAUUACUGGUUUUUUACUGUGACAACGCUUUAGUUUUGUCAGUGAUAGUGCAUUUUUAGGAUAGACGUAUUAUUUACCUUGACUCUGUCAAUAGACCUUUAGAUGGCUGGCAGUCCUCAACUAUGCGUUUCUCCAGAAACUUCCUGCCUUCAGCUAAACUGUGGAAUGAAUUGUCGCCUGCGGUAUUUCCGGACCAAUACGAUCUUCAAAUCUUCAAGAAAGAGCGUACACCCAUUUUAAAGGCCGGCAACGCACCUCCAACUCUUCUGGUGUUUGAGGAGUCCAUGGGCGGUAGUUAUCGCAUAACAUCAGGCGAUCUGUCUGCUCGUUUGCCUCCUAUCUCAUAAAAAAUACUUGUCAAUAUUAUUCCACCAAUACCUUGUUCUUGUAGAUAUUUACCUAAAGCCAUAAAUUAAAUAUAACAUACACAUAGACGGCGCCACAAAAAAUUGUGUGGUGUAUUGUAUGCGCGUUUUAGGCGGUCGCAUUUUAAUGUAUGGGAUGGUAUGGUCUUCUUAUAUUUAAUCUAUGCUAAAGCUUCUUGGGUAUUGAUAUUUUUCCUGUUUUAUAUUAUUGUAGCCGGGUACACAGACCCCGCGAAGAAUACGGGCGUUUGCUCAUGUGCAUAUUUGCCGCCAUCAGUUUUCCCGACAACCACGGGAUGAGGGGUGGUGUUAUUCUUUCCUGAUGCCGGUACCACGCGGCAAUCGCUUUUGUGGUUAGAACUUUCUUGUGUGGUGUUCGCUUCCACGAAUUUAGGUUUAAAGAACUUUAUUCCUCAAAGAAAUUUAACAUUCGCUUAAAGAGAAAAUCACUUUUACCUUUGGGUACAUAUUAGAAAAAAUGGCAAAACAAAUUUCAUAAUUGUUUUCGGCCAUUCAUCCCCAAUGACGAACGGGGAGGUCAAAUUAUUUCUUUGAGGUGUUAGUCAACCUUUGGCUAGCAAUCUUUUUUCAACCGCCUAAUACCUAGCCUGGUGAUUCCGUAUCUCGGGUAUCUCAUUAUUACCCUAAGUUUUGAUGUAAUGUGGUCACGGACAGACUGUAUUUCAUCUUGGCGAAGAAAAUAGUUGAAUAGUAUUGACGUCGCUAAAGAUAUAGGACGUUUUUAUUAUUAUUCGAAGCCUGCUGUGUCCCACUGUUGGGCAAAGGUCUCCCCCUCUUUUUCCAUUCGUCUCUGUUUGGUGCUAUGUCUAGCUAACCACUCAAAUAUGAGUCCAGGUUAUUCCGCCUUCGCCGACGUGGUCUGCCGGAUCCCCGGUUUGACCAAAGACUGUCUGCGUUAUUAUUUUCCGUAGUUUUUCUCAAUUUAUUACUUUUCGCACGUGGCCAUGUGAGAAUCUUCACUUGGUCGGUACAUUGCAUUGAAGGAGGGUACACUGCCCACAACAAUAAAAUUAUGAGAUGUUCGAAUUCUUGGUGUUUACCACGAAUGCAAAAAAAGUUUUAAUUCCAGGGGUCGCAUUAGGGACUUCACUCGUAUAUGACAUCUAUUUCAGUAUUAUUCCUCGUUCAGAUUUGGUUUUGAUACUUUUGAUGAACGUUCAUUCAGUAGGUGAACGUGUGGGUGAUCUUAAAAGGAAGACUGCCUCCGAGUACAGCUGUUGCAUAUUCCGUAAUUUUUAACCCGACUUCUUUACUGAAAAUAAAGGAGUUUUUAUAUAUUCGGGUUCAUUUUAUGUAUGUUACCUGAUUACUCAGAGAUCCAUGGUCCGAUUUCAAUAAUAAUUUUUUUUGUUUGGAGGCUACCUCCAAGGUGGUCCCAUAUUAAUCCGAAGCUGUUAUGAUGAGGGAACUCCUCAAUUUUUAAAGGUAUAUGUAUGGUGAUUUCGGUGUUUUCUGAAACUCAAGCAGUUUCUCUCGAAAACUAGCACUUUCAUAAAGUGAACCUCAGGAUGAUGAUUGUUCUUUUUGAAGUCGGUUGUAUUUUUUUGUAAAAGUUUUUAUUAUGAACAAACAGUUUAAAGGUGAUGACCCUGAUUGUAUUCCCAGUCAUCGCUAUGGGAAAAACUUCGUUGAGAAGAGUAUAAUAUACAGUACAUGUGUACUAUUUUUUCCAUUACUUGGCAAAAUAAUUAGUACCUUUUUAUGAACGCUUCCAUGUUUUCCAAUUUUAACUUAUUCACGGGUGAUUAGCUUAUUCACUAUCGACGUGGUAUAAAUAACUUCGGCGUAUCGGAUAACUAGUGCAUAAUGUACUAAAUAUCUCGAGCAAGUUUUCAUGCCUACCCUCAGGUACUGCCUGAAUUUCAACAUUAAAGUUUCUAGACAACUGCUCCACAGAUCGGAGGCGGGCCCGAAGAGCCCCCAUAUCAUCCUUAAAAAGCUGGUAAUUAUUUCUAUUUCCAAUAUUUAAUUUAUCUAUGGGUGGGUCAUAAUACACACCCGUCGUCGUACAAUUUCCUUGUGGGGUUUGAUUUUCAAUUAUGAACCAUUUUUCCUUUAGAAGUUUUUCAUUACGUUCAUGGAACAGAUCUAAUGUUUGUUUUUCUUUUCUUUCUUUACAUGUUGAAUCAUCUUUCUAUCAUCAUCUGGAAUGAUGCAGAAAUUAUUCCAGAUGUGAAACUGUGCGCGGAAGCGCUGUUUGCCUAUCGAUAAGUGCGUGCUACUUUCGUUCCGGAGGUCGCGGGUUCGAACCCCGACUGAGCACCACUGAGUUUUUCGGAAUUUAUGUGCGAAAUGUCAUUUGAUAUUUGCCAGUCGCUUUUUGGUGAAGGAAAAC